AUGGACGCGGUCGUGCUACCUCGGCAACUCGAAGAUCUGGACCUCUCGUUCAACAACCUCGUCAAUGUGAGUCAUAUCGUGUGGCCGCCACUGCUGCGACGCUUAUCGCUUGCUGGCAACCAGCUCCGCGACAUGGUCGCUGCCUUUCCGCCGUCCCUUACAGCGCUAUGCCUCGGUGGCAACCCGCUUGUGGUUUUGUACGCGAACGCGAGCCAGCUCCAGCCUCUCAUAUCUCUUCUGAACGUCAGCUGCGCGCCUCGCACUCGCAAUGACACACGGCUGCGCAACGUCACAUGCCGGGGCGGCGAGGCGCCAGCGCGCGUGCUACAUGGCGUCCCCAUCUGCCUCGUGGAGAGCGCUGCGUCCGACGUCAUCAUGGUGGCCGGCGCGCUGCAACCACCCACCGACGCUGAUGUGGGUAUAACGAGCAGCGCCAGCUUGCUGCCCGUGGCGUGGAUCGCGCUCGCGGUCGUGAGCGUUCUCUUGGCGCUCGCGCUCGCGGGCUGCUGCUGCUACCGGCGGCGGUAUCACCUGGCGAAGCGAAGCAAGCAAGUGUGGUUCUGCGAGGACCAGCCGUCGAGCGUGCUCAUGCUCGAGAGCCGGCCAACGGUCGGGUACGGCCUCGUCGCCAACGACAUUCGGUUCCAAGCACGGUUCCAGGCGUGCUUCGUGCCGCCCAACACGAUCGUGCGCGACCGCGUCAUUGCGCGCGGCGGCUUUGGCAUCGUGUACCUCGCGACCAUCUACCCGUCGACGCGCAUGCCGCCUUUGCGCGUGGCCAUGAAGCGCGUGCUGCCGCAGUUCGCCGACGACGUCGGGCGCAUCGAGGACUUUAUGGUCGAGAUCGACCUCGGCGCGCGCCUCUGCCACCCCAAGAUCGUGACCUUUGUCGGGAUCACGUGGACGACGCUGUACAACAUCUCGUCGCUCACCGAGUACAUGCCCAACGGCGACGUCUGGAGCCUCCUCGAGCGCAGCAAGCACGAGAUCGUGCUGCCAUGGAACGUCGCGAGUACCGCGGCCUUGCCAACGCCAAGCGACGAGAAGGCCCUCCCGCGCCUCACGGUGAGCGACGUGACCGAGCUCUCGACCUUUACCGAGUACGAUCCGUGCUGCCCUGUCUCCAAGGUGUCGAUCCUCGCCGAUAUGGCCGACGCGCUCGCCUACCUCCACUGCCUCCGCCCGACCAUCGUCCAUCGCGACGUCAAGACCAAGAACGUGCUCCUCGAUGCCAACUGGGUCGCCAAGGUCGCCGACUUUGGCGCGAGCCGGAGCUACGGCGACAGCGACCUCGUCAUGACGGCCGAGGUUGGCACGGUGCCCUGGAUCGCACCCGAGGUGCUCAAAGGCGUUCGGUACAGCGAAAAGGCCGACAUCUACUCGUUCGGCGUCGCCAUGUCCGAGGUCGACCUCUGCAUCGUGCCCUACUCGAACGUGCACAUGUGCUCGCCCGACUCGCAGGUCUCGCUGACGAUGGCCAAGUCCCGCGUCGCCGUGCUCGUCACGACAGGGCAGCUGCGCCCGUCCUUCUCGCACACGUGCCCGCCUGCCAUCUUGGACAUUGCUCGGCGCUGCUUGGCCUACUACCCCGAGGACCGGCCGAGCGCGGCUGAGCUCCGCGCGUGGUUCCAGCGCCUCCAGCCCUCGACGGCUGCAUGA